UGCUGAGGGUGGUCAUUACCGUCUGGGAGAGACGUUGCCACAUCACUGACAGCCUCCACGAAGGCGAUGGCUUUCGCUGCUUCGCUGCUGUUUCUACUCCUCUUCAAGAGCGCGUGGUGCGCGCCGCAACAGCCCUGUUACCCCGGAGACGAGUUUUUGGGAAGAUGCAGCAACAGCGCGUCCGAUGCAAAACCCACCUGCACAGAACUCAACUUGGGCUACUGUAAUGACAUGGACUACUCUCGGACUAUAUUUCCAAACAUUCUCGGCCACCGAACUCGAGUGGAAGCCGAGUCCGGGCCGGAGUACCUCCUCCUCAGUGUCAUUCAUGGCCUUCUGAACGGAGAGUGCUCGCCCGAUAUCCGGCUGGUGGGCUGCUCCGUGCUGGCCUCGCCCUGCCGGAACGACAGGAUGGUCAAGCCGUGCCGCAGCACCUGCGAGGCCCUCAGGAAGGACUGCAGCCACGCCUUCGAGUCCAUCGACAUGGCCUGGCCGUACUUCCUGGACUGCGACCGCUUCUUCGCAAGUGACCAAGAAGGCUGCUUUGACCCACUGGCAGGAUUGAAGGCAAGACAGGAGCAAACUUUGUCCAACCUGUCACCUGAGGAACCCAGCACCAUCAUCCAGUUCACCUACACAUCAAACUCUCAGAUGUACAGCUUGCUGAAGAGAACGGCCGCCAAGUGCUCCCACAUCGCUCAUGUCUACAGUAUUGGACGCAGCACUGAAGGUCGGGACCUGAUGGUCAUCGAGUUCAGCAACGAUCCCGGACGCCACGAGCUGCUGGAGCCAGAGAUCAAGCUCAUCGGCAACAUGCACGGGAAUGAAGUCCUGGGCCGCCAGCUGCUCAUCUACCUGGCCCAGUACCUGUGCUCCGAGUACAUUCUUGGUAACCAGCGUGUUCAGACUAUCAUCAACACCACCCGCAUCCACCUUCUGGCCUCGAUGAACCCCGACGGUUAUGAGUUGGCAGCAUCAGAGGUAGCAGACAGCAGCGACCCCGAGCUCGCCGAACAGGAAGGUCACUUGCUGAAUGGAUGGACAAAUGGACGGAAUAACGCCCAGAACCUUGACCUGAACCGAAACUUCCCCGACCUUACAUCCGUCUUCUACUUAAACCGAAGAAGCAGACACUUCCGCAUCGACCACAUCCCGAUCCCUGAUUCGUACUGGUUUGGAAAGGUGGCGCCAGAGACCUACGCUGUGAUGAAGUGGAUCAGGUCACUGCCUUUUGUUCAGUCUGCCAGCCUUCAUGGAGGUGAGCUGGUGGUCUCCUACCCCUUUGACCUCUCCAGACACCCACAUGAGGAGAAGAUGCUGUCGCCCACUCCAGAUGAGCAGGUCUUCAAGCAGCUGGCGCGCACUUACGCGGAUGCGCACGCCACCAUGGCGAAUAAUGACACGGACCGAUGUGGGGCCUCUUUCUACCGGACCAGGGGGAUCAUCAACGGGGCGCAGUGGUACAGCUUUGCUGGAGGCAUGUCUGACUUCAACUACCUGCACACCAACUGCAUGGAGAUCACCGUGGAGCUGGGCUGCGACAAGUUCCCCGCGGAGGCCGAACUUUACCCCGAGUGGAAGAGGAACAAGGAAGCUCUGCUCAGCUUCAUGGAGUCGGUGCAUCGAGGGUUGAAGGGGGUGGUGAAAGAUGUGAACGGAAACGGAAUAAAAGGUGCCACAGUCACUGUGAGGGGCAUCAGAAAAGAUGUCACGACAGCUGAAGACGGCGACUACUGGCGACUUCUCAAUCCCGGCACUCACAUCCUGACAGCCACAGCCAGAGGUUACUCCCGAGUGAGCAAGAGGGUCCACCUGCCUCAGAACAUGAACAAAGCCGGACGUGUGGACUUCACCCUGCAGAAGGUUCCCGUCGAGCCAGAUAUCGAUGACCACCUCUUCCCAACCGUUGACACUUGGGAUCGGUUUGACCCCUACAACCAGUUUGAACGCUUCAACGAUCCGGAUUUAGCAGCGGGAGGACCCGAGCGAGAGGAGAAGCCCUGGUGGUGGAACUACUUCGCCCAGUCUGGCAUCUCACCUCCAAACUGGCUCCUGAGAAACGUAUAGACACACUGUGGAAAAGCAGACAUGUCGGUGGAGUAGUUCAAAUGAUCACUAACUUAUCAUACUCAAUUAAAGUUGGACGUCAUAAUAGCACUUUGUUUCUCACCAUGUGAUCAACCAUCCAUUUACAUUUGCACAGUUUAGUAUCCAGGAAACUAAAGUUAGUUUGGUGGUCAAAUGUUAACUUGAAUGUGUAAUAGUUUUUCAUGUUAAGUUC